AUGGAAUGUAAUAUAUUUGGAAUGUAUUUUGUAAAUGGUUGUACUGGCAAAAUGGGCAAGGCGGUACUUGAAGCAGCUGUCUCUGCAGGAAUUCAUAUUGUUCCAGUAUCAUUUGGUGGUCUAAAAAAUGCUGGAAAAACUGUGCAAGUGGGUGGAAAAGAUAUUCAAAUGUAUGGUCCCUAUGAAAGAGAACGCAUUCUAGCAUCUAUCUUAAAUGAUUAUCCAAAUUUGAUUGUGGUGGAUUACACAGUGCCUGCUGCAGUCAAUGAUAAUGUUGAAUUAUAUUGCAAAAUUGGCGUUCCUUUUGUAAUGGGAACUACUGGUGGAGAUAGAAAUCGGCUUUAUAAGACAGUGGAAAGCUCAAAGAUUUAUGCCGUGAUCUCUCCCCAAAUGGGAAAACAGCUAGUGGCAUUUCUUGCAACCAUGGAAAAUAUGGCGGAACAGUUUCCGGGAGUUUUCUCUGGGUACACGCUACAGGUACUUCCGCUUUCUGCUUCCUCUUGA